GGCACAUCGUACCAGCAGUCGUACCCUGCCAACCGCAUGCACGGCUACAGCCUGCACAGUCCCCUGGACACACACGCGCACCAAUCGACACACGUCCUCCCCCCGCUACAGGACGACUAUGACGACGGAGAGGAUGAUGGGCUGACUGAGCUGCCGUCAGGGGUCAGCUUGAGCGGAUACACCAGCGCGGGUCUGGAUAACUCUGGAGGGAUGCAGGGGAUGUCAAAGGCAGGGGACAAGCAGGUGCGCCGACGGAGCAGCAAAGCAUGCGACCAGUGCAGGAAAUCCAAGUGCAAGUGCGAACGCACCAGCAUGCAAGAGCCGUGCAAGAAUUGCGUGCUGCUCGGCACACCCUGCACCUUCCUUGGCCCUUCGCGAAAACGCGGUCCCCCCAAGGGCUAUAUCGACGCCAUAGAGGCUCGGUUGCAUCAGACAGAAGCACUCAUCGGGAUUCUCAUCUCCAGCAAGGAUAGCCGAGCCAAGACGCUACUGGAGGAUCUCAGCGAGGACCCGCUUGCCAAAGAUAUCAUCGACCGUGUCAACAACUCGUCGUAUGGUCACAAGGGCCGGAAGCGAGGCGCGACGACGAACACGCGAUCGAGACCAGCCCCAGUCGAGAGCAAGGGCGGCGACACUCCGGCCCUUCAGGCGACCCACCCCUCGAGCGAAUGGCAAGACUCACUCACGGCUCGGCUGGACGCGCGGGCAGCCCAACGGAGCACCUUGGUUGAGAACGGCGAAUCCUUCGGCGAAACCGACAACGGGGGGCUCCCGCCGCUUACUUACCCUCCUUCGCCUUCAGAGUCCGGCGGGUCUCAGUCAGAUCGCAGGGCACCCCUUACUGUUCCAUCAUCAGAUUCUCGUCCCACUUCGUCUGGGGCCGGCGCCGACGCCUCGCUUUUAGCCUCGGCGGAGGCGGCCGCCGGCGACGAGCACCGGCGACAACGGCGGCGUGUCGAUCACGAGAGCGGGGCCCGCUCGCCGUCCAGCACCUCGAUCUCCGGCCGUUCGCAGUCCCCUGCCCAGUACACCUGCCUGCCCCCUCACCCUGCCCUCCUUCCCAAGCAGCCCCCUGCGUCCGCGUCUCACAAGGCCAAAUCGGCGACCCCAGAGGCCCCAGACCUUGAGAUCGAGGGAUCCAGCGAGGAUGAGUUUUACGGCUCUGGCGAGGACGAGCUCGCCGUCGCCGUCGGCCAGCUCAGCAUGAACGAGGACGACCAAGUGCGGUACCACGGCAAGGCCAGCGGUCUGCACCUCUUAGGCAACAGAGAGCGUGAAGACGGCCGUAACGAGGGCGGCAUCUGGCGCUUCCCGAAGGCUCGGGUCUGGCCUCCUCUCCCACUUACCGCGCGGACGCCUACCAAGGGCGAGGAGGACUUCAUCGUCCGCCUACCUCCGCAGGAGGUCCAGGAGCACCUGCUCGAGCUGUACUUCAGUUACGUUCACGCCCAGCUGCCGAUCAUUCACAAGCAGACCUUCAUGGAGAUGUUCCGUGCCCGCAAUAUUGGCUCGGCCAGCUCGCCCAUGUCCGACGCCUCGUCGCCUCCCCCGUCGCAGUCUAGCGCCGGCGGCCGACCCCAGCGGAUACCGACCUUGCUUCUACUGGCGAUGUUCUCAAUCGCUGCGCGGUACUCUGGUACAGGGGGUCCUGCGCCUGCUCCCGGAGAGAUGUGGAACGCGGGCGACAGCUACAUGGAGGACGCCAAGGUGCUUCUCCACAAUAUCUACGCCCAGUCGCGCCCCACUACCUGCCAGGCUCUGCUACUGCUUGGCUAUCGGGAGGUAGGCAUCGGCGCCAUGGCACAGGCCUGGGUGUACAUUGGCAUGGCCGUGCGCAUGGCCCAGGACCUGGGCCUUCACAAGAACGCGGACAAGUGGUCGAACGUCGGCAAGGUCCUCUUCACCGACACUCAGCUGCAGGAGCGGCGGCGAAUCUGGUAUGGUUGUGUAGUACUGGACAAGUACAUCUCCGCAUACAUCGGUCGCCCGGUCGCCAUCUUUGAAAACGAUUUUGAUACCGAGUUGCCCAGCGACGGUGAGCCUGACGAGAUGGAAGGAUGGCUUCCUCAUCCCUCGCCCGUCUUCGUCGGCGAUGUCUUAGAAAAUCACCCCCCACGCACCACGCCUGUGACGGGUCACGUCAUCUCCUGUUUCAACGAGUCGGCAAAGCUCUCGAUCAUUCUCAGCAUGAUCAUGCAGGCCGUCUACCCCAUCCGUCCGCACACUUUCCGCCAGCCCGAGUUCGCGCGCAUUGAGCAGCUUCUCGACAAGUGGUACAUCGACCUCCCAGAGCAUCUGCGGUUCGACCCGUCGUCGCCGAAGUAUUACACGCGGCCGCCGCAUGUACUCACGCUCCACGCACAGUACUGGUGCACGGUCAUCUUACUGCAUAGGCCAUUUACCCGCCACCUCACCGCGAUGUCCAGUAGAGGAUUAUCGCCUUCGAUUCGGGAGCAGGAGCUUCGGGCGAAUGCCCGAAAGAAUUACGACCAGUGUGUGAGGGCUGCGAACCAGAUCACUGCCAUUGUGUCUAUAUACGCUGAACACCACUGUCCACGACGAGCCGCCGUUUUCCUGUGCUUCUACGUGUUCACCGCAGCAAUCAUGCACGUCUCGACUCUCACGACAUACGCUGCCGAUCCCCAGGCCAGCGAGGGCCUCCGGAAGUGUAUGUUCGUGCUCAACCGAAUGCAUUACGUCUGGCCGGCGGCUUGGCGUGCAAAUGAGCUGUUGCAUGGCGUCAAGGUGCUGCCGUCGCAGGGUGUCCCGCUCAGGAUCUCGACAUCGGAGCGCACCAAGCGCAUCGCCGACACCAUGGAGGAGGGCCAGACGGCCCAAAACGCUCCGACAAACGGCGGUGCCUACCGGCAGGGACAGGGCUUCGGCGAGAACGGCUCCGGCUCGUCUCAGCCGACGUUCCCUCUCCAGCUCGAGAUUCCCUCCGCCGAGCCGCAGCCGUUCUACCAGUCGUACCCGCGCUGGAACGCCGAGAACCCGCUUCCGACGCUGACGAGCAGCCUCUCGACGUCCGUGCUGCCGCAGCAGUACAGCACAGGGAUGGUCGACGACCGCGCGCAGCGGUCGCAGGACCGGCCGGGUCGGUACCCGCAGUACUGGAGCGACUACACAGCGAUGGGCCAGAUAGACACGAGCUUCAAUAUGCCUGUCAUGGGCGGCAUGGUUUCGCCGCAGUCAGCCCAAGCCGACCAGCAGAUGUACGCCGCGGACCAGUAUUCCCUCUAUAAUGACCUAUCUCAGACUAAUCAGCAAUAGUACAAAUGACAUAGUCAUUUCUCUUUCUCGGUCUCCCGACAAACCAAGUAUGUAAUCUCGUGUCUUGAGCUCUUGUUUCUCCUUGCCACGCAGCUCUUAUUUCACACUCUGUAUCACUUUCGUUACACUCCACUGUUGCGCGCGCAUAACACAUGGCACAUUGUAGCUUUACAGCUGGGACAAUAUCAUU